UUCAAAUGGAAGCGGAGUGGUUUUAUCAGAGAAGUCAGAGACUGGGAUUAGUGGUUAAAACACUGAAGGUUUCAACAUUAGACUUACUCAGCCUACUGUUUUCAUUUCCUGUACGCUGUUCGAUAGCUGGUCAUGGCGGAGUUUGAAGGCAGUCGUCUGCGUUGUGGCUUGUAUUUUCACCUAGAUAUCUAGAAACAAGCUCUUGCUAUUGCAAUUCAGUAGGCUAGUGCAGCUUCUGCCACUGUUGAAGAAUAAUUUGCCGUGGUUAAAUGCGCUAUGAGAAAAAAAUCAGUGCACGAACAACAGACAGGAUGUUUUAGGCCAAGUAGGCAACAUUUGCCUAUGUAGAAAGAAAGUACUGGUUAUUCACUGACUGUAGAGAAUUUUGUCAUGACGGUCAUUUGUCCAGCAGGUGGCAGUGCUGCGAUUGUUUGAGGAGGUAGACUUUGAUAGACUCAACAUUUCACACAGUAGUACACAAACACAACCAGACCAUGGCCUCUUUGUCUCUAGUUGCGUAUGAAGACUCGGAUUCAGAUGAGGAAUCUGCCACAAACAAUGAGCGUGUCAGUUCCACUUUAAAAUGUGACAGCGCAGUCAAGCAAUUUCUUGGAAGACCUGGCAGCCCUGCAACUGGGUUUCCUGGGGAUAGACAGAGUACCAAAACAACUACCGUGGGACCCCUCUGGCAGUUUAAAUCUUCUCCAUGGGAACAACCACAUUCAGUGGAUAGCUGCAAGACGGCGUUACAAAUCCCUUCCCAUCCUUUACCACAGAACUCUGCUUUUCCAAAUCCAGUUAAGAGGCUGGCACCUUCCCCGGUGGGAGUAAGACCUUACAUCCCAAAGAGACAGAGACUGGCCCCAACAGAUGACGGGGUGAUGAUGCCAGGGCCAAGUGUCAGCAGCGGCCCUGUUGAGGGCACUGCUGCCACCAUCACCACCAGUCAGGCCUCUUGUGCCCAGAUGCUCUCUGAGGUGUCUGACCGAGUGCAUCCUUUCUUGGGACAGAAAGUGGGCAGGAUGGAGCUGCCUAGACGUGUCCUUUUGCAGCUCCAGGCUCACCAGGGGCCAGUCAACAUGGUGCAGUGGUGCCCAGUGCCUCACACAAGCCAUCUGCUCCUGUCUGCGUCAAUGGACAAGACAGUCAAGAUCUGGGAUGGUGCUGAAAGUGGGCGGUGCCUGCGGACGAUCUGGGCCCACGGCGGUGCUGUGAGGGAUGCCUGCUGGGCCCCCUGCGGCCGGCGACUCCUCUCCGGCUCUUUUGAUACUACGGCAACGCUGACAGACGUGGAGACAGGGUCGGAGGUUGUUAAAGUGAGGAACCAGUUUAAGGUGAGCUGCCUUGCCCUUCAGCCGACUGACCCGGACGUGUUUCUGUGCGGAGGCUUCAGUCCUGAGGUCAAGGCCUGGGAUGCACGCUCCUCUAAGAUGGUGAGAACUUACAAGGCUGGGAUACAGCAGACCCUGGAUAUUCUUUUCCUGUCUGGGGGCAAGGAGUUUGUUACCAGCAGCGAUUCAGUCAGUCGAGACUCAGCUGACCGCACCCUCAUUGCCUGGGACUUUGGAACCACUGCCAAAGUCUCCAACCAAAUCUUUCAUGAGAGGUACACCUGCCCCAGUCUUGCAUUGCACCCAGAGGGCGAGUGCUUCGUUGCACAGACCAAUGGGAACUAUAUCGCCGUCUUCUCGUCACAGAGGCCAUACCGCAUCAACAAGAGGCGGCGUUACGAAGGACAUAAGGUAGAGGGCUAUGCCAUCCGGUGUGAGUUCUCUCGAUGCGGAUCGCUGCUAGCCUCUGGAAGCUCCACUGGUUCUGUCCACUUCUAUGACCACCAGAGCUCUCGGACACUCCACACCCUCCGAGCACACCAGCAGGCGUGCAUGUGUGUGUCUCUCCACCCCGUCCUGCCCUCUGUGGCGGCCACGUGUGACUGGAGUGGCGAGGUCAAGAUAUGGCACUGACCAGGCGAGCAGCUCCACAAAUCACAGGUUCAGGCAGUCACCAUUAUUAGUCAUAAGCCGCCAGCUUCCUGUACAUGGGCUAAUGCAUGAAUCAAAAGAGAAUUUCAAAUGAGAUUUACACUGGGGAAAAAAUAGUCUAGCACUAGGCUGACUACAUGUACGGGAAACCAGUCCAUAGAGACUAUCAUUUUAAACUCUUUAGUUGCCAUAGUUGUUGUCCAACACCAAUUUCAAGAUGUGCACACCUGAGUGACAGGUGUCUGACACACAAGCUGCAGAAUAUCAGUGUGGUAUCUCAUCGAGACCCUUUUGCAGUUGCUGUCUUAAAGGCAGAUAGAGUAUUUUAGCAUUCACUAAAUCUAAGACAGUUUUGUUUCUUGCUCUUCAAGAUAUGCCCCAAGAACCUGACAGACAGAUGCUUGAUGUAGUAACUUUAGCCUCUGCAACACCUUUAUGCAACUUCAACCUCAGGUAGCUAGACAAUGCUAUGAGCUAAGUUAGCAUUAUCGCCUGCGUCAACCCCCUACCUCCCUCUACUGCUUUUGAUAAAACAAGUCUUUUGCUUCUCUGUGUUCUUCAGUUCAGAUGGACAAUACUGUAGUACUGCUCUAAGGGGUUUGUCCUGGUAAAAUGAGUUCCUUCCAGUGUUUUCUGGGCUUGACAUAUUGCAUAUUACAGUCAACAUGUAUACUCUGCUUCUGUUGUUUGCCUUUGGGUGAUGUAAAUCUGGAACACAAAUAAAAACAGCCCCUUAUUUUUAGAGGACUCCAUUUUGGCAGCUG